AUGAGAACCGUGGUGGAAAUAGUUAAUAAGUUAAGAAAAAAUGAAGAUGAAAAGACUAUUGAAGAAAAUGUUGAAAAAGAAAAAAAUUUAGAAGCUGAUGAGAUUCAAAAAAAGCAAACAAAAAAAAUGAUGAAGCAAGAUGAAUCUGUUUUGAAGACACUUGAAAAGAAAACAACUCAAGAAAUCAGACAAAGUCCAAGAUUACAUAAAACAAAAACGAAAAAGUCGAUGAAGCAAGAAAAAUCUGUUUUCAAGACACCUGAAAAGAAAACAACUCAAGAAAUCAGACAGAGUCCAAGACUUAAAAUGAUUGAAUACAAAAAAUCUGUGACUCCUAUUAAAGUUGAAGAUAGCCUUGUAAAGAAAGAAUCUGAUGAAAAAAUAACAGGUGGAAAAGAUAUAUAUAACACUGAUCAAUGUGAAGGAAAAGAAUUAAUGGACUGGAAGCAACAAUACAAUUUCAAGGCUAUGAGACCAUCGGAUGUUGAAGAGAAAAUUAAAGAAUCAUCAGAUUCAGGGAUUAUUUUCAGAACAAACUUUGUAUUACUGUUUGUUAAUACCAUUUAUGAACAGAAUAAGCCUGGAACUUGUAAGACAACAGUAUUGCCACAUUUGUUAGGCAAAACACCUAUGAGAGAAAUUGACUGGUGUGGUUUUAUAACCAAUUGCUUGAAAAUGUCAAAGACGACAUGGGAUGAAACCGAUAGAGGAAACUACAAUUGUGGGCCACUUCUUCUAGCUUAUUUGGAGUUUAUGAGAAAUGAUAAGAAUGAAAAAAGACAAAUACAUGCACUACAUUUUUGGGAUUAUGAAAUGAUGGUGAAAAGGGAAAAAGCUGAGUUAAAGAGUGGUGACUUUGAAACUUUGGAAUGGAAUGAUGAUGUUAUAGAGAAUGAUGAAGAAUCCGACACCGAUGAAAAUGAAGAUAUGAAACUCGAUGAAUUGGUAUUCAAAGCGAAAAAGGAUUACAAAAAACUAGUGAAUGAUAAAAUGAAGUUUGGAAAGUUAAUUGAGUUUUCAACAACAAAAUUCACAGAAAGCGAUGAGUUGAAAGAUAUGAAGAAAGUCGUUGAACAAGAAUUCAUUUAUAAAACUCAAAAUGAAGAUGAUGCAAAAGGUGACAGGGAUGAAGAUGAAAAAAAAGCGAAGAGAAUUUGA